GCUAUAAAACAGAUGUACCAGUAACAAGUGGUCCAGUCAGUUUCCAAGAUUUCAGAAUGAGGAGGCACACAUUGCUCUGUGUGUUUGGAUGUUUUCUGGCAAUAACAACGAACUCUAUGGGCCUAUCAGAGGUAAAGGAUUUUCAGGCAGAUGCUGGUGAGUUUACACCGUUGGAGGGGCACAACAUGACAAUCAACUCCUCAAAGGUUCCAGAGCAAAAGAACCGUACCAAUGACACUGUAACGUGUCAUGUGGUUUUAUUUACCUGUCAGUGGAAUGGUACCUGGAUUCCAACAGAAAACACUGAAGGGUUCUCUUCACCACUUCCAGACAAGAAGGACAAAAAGAAGCCCAAAAAAGAAGUUGCAGCAUCUUCUACAACCCAGAAACCAGUAGCGCAUGGGACCAUUAUCGACAUUUGGAGUGGUCUUUACAACACUUAUGGUUUUCAAACUCCACCACCAGAUGCAAAUGUGAACAAGGCAGAUGCUGGUGAGUUUACACCAAUGGAGGGGCACAACAUGACAAUCAACUCCUCAAAGGUUCCAGAGCAAAAGAACCGUACCAAUGACACUGUAACGUGGAAUGGUACCUGGAUUCCAAUAGAAAACACUGAAGGGUUCUCUUCACCACUUCCAGACAAGAAGGACAAAAAGAAGUUAAAGUGUUUUCCACUGAAAUUUCAGCCCCAAAAAGAAGUUGCAGCAUCUUCUACAACCCAGAAACCAGUAGCGAAGCAUGGGACCAUUAUCGAUGAUUGGAGUAUUCUUUGCAACACUUUUGGUUUUCAAACUCCACCACCAGAUGGAAAUGUGAACAAGAAAGAAGAGGACUGAGCUGCAGGAGGUUCAACAGAGGGAUGGAAGUGAAUGUUGAAUUACAGAAAUGAUUCUUCUGCAAGUUUAACAAUCAGCUUUAAAUAAACAAUAAAAA